CAAAGACACCUACAUCUUGGAUGCCCUUGAGAUUAUGAUGAACGCAACAUCCAACGCAAGCAACUCAUCAUGUGUCAUCAUGGACCCGUCGGCAGGUCCCCUGCUGAUGUCCAUCUAUAUCAUCACCUUCAUCCUAGGAUUGCUGUUCAUCCUGGUCACCAUUGGUCCCAUAAUUCAGCAGAUCUGCAGAAAGAACGUUCUAGGGAUCUACCUUCUCAGCCUGUCCGUCUCGGAUCUCCUGUACAUCCUUACCAUGCCUCUGUGGAUCUAUUAUUUAAGCAACAACCACAAAUGGACCCUUAGUCAGGGACUCUGUAGUCUGGCUGGCUUCCUUUACUACUCCAACCUGUACAUCAGCAUCUAUAUCCUCUGCUGGAUCUCGAUUGAUCGCUGCCUGGCCAUCACCUUCCCUCUGCGAGUCCAAGCCUUCCGCCGCCAACGCUACGCCUGGAUGAUCUCUGGGCUGGUCUACAUUUUUGUCAUGGCCUUGCACUGUUUGGUGCUGUACCUGGACAAGCUGCCAGAUACGCUGGACGAAAACGACCAGAGGUGCUACGAGACCUUCCCCAUGACCGAACGCAUCGCGAUGUUCAACCUGAUACGGGUCGGGAUUGGUUUCCUCUUGCCGCUGGUGGUCAUCACGGUCUGCUACUGCUUGAUCGCAUCCAAGGUGCAGCAAAGUCGAGGGGUGGAUGAGCAAGGCAAGCGCAAAGUCAGGCUUUUGUCAAUGGGAGUAAUUGGCAUUUUCUCCUUCUGUUUUGCACCGUACCACAUCCUCCUGAUGAUACGGUCCAUCGCUUUCUUUUCUGUGGGAGAACAACAAAGCUGCAUCUUCGAGCAAGCGAUGUACUUACCCUUCACUUGCUCCCUUGCACUAUCCAGCCUGAACAGCGUGGUGGACCCAGUGCUCUAUGUUUUGGCAAGUAAUGGAGUGAGGGAGGACAUGAGGUUGUUCUGUUCGAAAACCAAUCAGAGACAAGAAACAAGAUGCACUCUUGUUGCUUCCAGGAGUAGGACAAGAGUAAACUUGUGUUAAAACCAAACUCAGAAGAUUUUCCCCUGACAGCACUGUAUAUUUGUGCACUGUUUUUGUACCCUUGAAGGAAUUGUGCAAAUCAGUUACCACCAGCACAAAAUUGCCCAAACCGCUUGUGCUGCCAACGACAAACAUGAUCAGGCGUACUUUUCUGGAACUACACCACUGCUAUCCAGACACCCGAGUUGACUUUUUAACAUGCUGAAAGGAGAGCGACUACACUGCUCAUGCUUUUCUUUAACAUUCGAUGAAUAACUGCUGACAUGACUGUAACGCUUGCAUUCUGUUGGUGGUUUUAGGUAAAAAAGCACCAAGUUUUGUGAGUAAAGCUAUAAUAAGCCUAGUUUACAUAGAACUCAAUGACAUGUACUGACAAUACUGAUUCAGCAGCAUUUCAGUGCAUUUAGCACCUGUUUAAACUGGAUUGUGAUAAUGCUGUUUUUGUGCUAAAAUACUGUGUGCAAAAUGGAAUUUUGCAGAGAAUGUUUAGAGAAUUAGCCACUCUAUUCAACUGUUAAAUUAUCUUAGUUUAAAUAAUCAAUUAUCUCGACGCAAAUAUUGCUUUGCACGCUGCUUGCAUCGAGUCUGGUGAAAUGUAGCUACACUUUUGAUAUUUUCCACAUAUUUUCCAUCAAUGGGCUUGGGAGGCUUACACUUACACACACACACACACACACACACACUACAGUCUCUUUGGGCAACUGCGUAAACUAGUGUUUUUCCGCCACAGCCAAUUAUGCUGCAUGCUUAUUGGCUCACUGUCAUUAACAACAUUUACCCCCUUAGGUGUUGAAAUUUGGUACAAAAAAAUAAGACAUUUCGAUACUCGAUAGUAUCGAGGCAAUUCGGUCGGUACUUGAAAAAAAGUAUCGAAAUCGAUACCCAGCCCUAACAUCGGCUGUACACUAUUGCGGUGCAAUGUGGGAUAGAAUUUGUGCACUCGAUUACGACAGCCCAAGACUAAAUUUUCAUGGUCUUGGUCUUGUCAUGGACUUGGGAUCAACUCUCUUCUCGUCUCAGUCCUGACUUAUUUUAGUCUAGACUCAUAUUAAUUAGUUUUGACUAUAAACACUGCUGUCCGCAUUUUCUUUUCCUUUUUUUAAAAAGUCAGGCUUAGUUUUGUCUAUUAGUGUCCAAAAGAUAGGAAUAAUUACUUCACUGUUAUAUCUUAGAUGGGGUUUAUGUUUACAAAUUAUGGAUUUGCAGUGAAACAAGACCUGGAUUUCUGUCUUUUAAGGACCCUUGAAUCACUUGAACUUUCUGUUUGAGAGCCAUAUUCAGCCCAAGUGUUGUUGUUGUGGGAUAAAGCAACACUUGUUUGUCCUGUUUAAUUCACAGACGACUCCCUGUACCUUACCGUUAAAGGGAUAGUUCACCCAAAAAUGAAAAUUAGUACAUGAUUUACUCACCCUGAAGCAAUCCUAUGUGUAUAUGACAUUUUUCUCUCAGACAAACAAUCAAGAGGUAUAUUAAAAUGUCCUGGCUCUUCCAAGCUUGAUAAUGGGAGUGAAUGGCACUAUGUUUUUGGAAAUCCAUCAAAGCACAUCUAUUCAUGAUUAAAGUGUUCCACACGUCUCCGGGGGUUAUUAUUACACACAACGUAAUGACGCAAUUGACACCUCGCGCUCGCAGUUCGAAGAAAGAGGGCAGGAAACCACGUUCGUCAUUAUGUUGUGUGUCAAGUUCAAGUCUCACUCUUUCGGUGUAAAUCGAUGCAUGCUGCCAUCUGCCAGAAGCUAAAUAUUUUAGUCGAUAAAGUUUUAAAUAUGGAUAUUUUUCUGAAACGAACGCAUUGUUUCACAAAAGGCCCGGAGACACGUGGAAAACUUUAAUCAUGAAUAGAUGCGCUUUGAUGGGCUUCCAAAAGACAUACAGUCAUUCACUCCCAUUAUUAAGCUUGGAAGAGCCAGGACAUUUUUUAAUUUAACUCCAAAUGUAUUUGUCUGAAAGAAGAAUGUCAUAUACACCAGGGUGAGUGAAUCAUGGGCUGAGUUUUCAUUUUUGGGUGAACUAUCCCUUCAAAUAAGAUUUAGCCUUUAAAUAUUUAAUCUGAAAGUUAAAAAAAAACAACCUGUUGCAAUGUAAGCAAUUUCUAUGCACAGCAUGUUGCUACUCUCUUCUUUUAUAUACUAUGCUCAACAAAGUCACAUUUUCACUCCUUUAAUUUACCAUUAACACAAAGAAUAACAGUAGUACAUUUUAAAAUAAAAGAACUGCUUUGAUUCUGACUCCCAUGACACAUUUAAGGAAGUGAUGCUUUCGUUACAGCUCUUUAAAUAAAGGUAAAACAAUUAGCGUUUCAUUCAAGGGAUGGGAUCAUCUACUGACAGCUUAAUCACAAUGCUUUCUGAAGAGCGAGCGACCCAGUGUUCUUAAGCGCUGAUGAGGAGGAGAGUUUGCGUAGCAUCUCUAACCAGUUUCGCCCACAAUACACUAGUUUGUGCAGUUUUGUUCCCCCACCUUCUGCUAGCAUGAUUGCCUCUUUAGAAGAGUAGCUCUCAUGUGACUGCAGUCUUCUGUAAGUCUGUGAGCUAGAGUGGCCUUCUGCUCUACUGUAAAAUGCCUCCGACCAACUGAAUGGAGUGAUUUUGGAUUGCAAGAGAGCUUUGAGUACCUGAUCUGCAGCCUGAAUGGUUUAAAUGACUACUCACUUUCACCUAUCACACCUGACGCCGCUGUGCCUUUCAAGGAAGAUAAAAAUGGGAUGGGAUGUAUAGAUCAGAACUUACUUGUUUGUGCUGUCAUCUGCACAUAUGGGCCAGAAUACUUCUACAAGAUUCACUUAGGUUAAGAAAGCCACAUUCUUUCUUUAUAAUAAACGUAUUGCAUCACAAUUGAACUAAUGUGCUAUUCUGCAUUGCACAAUGAAGCUGCUACUGUGGUCUCACCACAGCAGGAAGUCUGGAGAGAUUUAGACGAGAACAGCACAGAACACUGUGUCUGCUUUCCUCCACUCGAGCAAUUGAUUCACACCUCCCUGAAUGCAGACAACAGAUGGAGGUGAGAGAGCACGCAUAUGUGGGAGGCGCAACCUGGCAUAGCAUCAAAAAUGCACAUAAUUGAUUUUGUGUAACAAAUCUCACGAAAACAUGUAUGGGUCAUAUUUUCAGCCCUCUUUGGCUAGCGUUACAUUAUAUGAUCAUGCUCUUACCCAUGAAAAUGCUUUUGAAACAUUCAAGCGCGACAAGACUAUCUUGACUCUUGUCUGUGACACACACACACACCGCACAGAAAGACACGUGCGCCAGCAUCAUGUGCACAGACAUAGAGCCAGAAUCGAGUUCUAUUUCACGCUUGAAACUAAUAACACACAAUUACGCCCAAAAUGUCAAUUGUGUCGAGUACCCUCAUACGAGCAGUCUUAAAUUAGUUAAAUAAUGUCUUAAAUGAAUGUAAAGUGUUGUGAGAAAAUGGGAAAUGCGUCAAAUUCACGUCAUGUGCACCAGCGGCAGGUCUUAACUGACAGCAUUCUAAUAAACCUGCUGCUGUGAUGUUAAAUUAAUGUAAUGUCAUUAAUGUUAAAAGGGGGGUUGAUUGUGAUUUCAGUUUUUUCUUUUUAAAUAGUGUGUAAUGUUGCUGUUGGUGCAUGAAUAGGAUCUACAAAGUUGCAGCGCUGAAAGUUCAAUGUAAGCAGAGAUAUAGUCUUUUAAAAAUCAGGAAGUUUAAUGCCUACAAAAACGACUCGAAUGAGACUACAACGGGUUUUAUCCGUAACUAACCAACACAUUUACAUCAACGCUCCCUC